GCCCACCCUUCUCAUUUACCCCGGGGCCAAAGAUGCCUCAUGACGACCGAGGUGCAGGAUGAGAAAAGCCGCUUGCUUGCUGCAACGCGCAGCUUCUUUGACACCCGCAUGCUGCUUGACAACGGAUUUAUCCAGCGUAGCCGGCUUGGCGUCGAAGCCGUUUGCAAUUGACGCAGAGAGUGACAGACUGAGAGGGGAAGGAAAAAGAUCCACAGCUUCACCGGUCACCCAAGUUGAGCAGGUUGCGAUAUUGAUCGCCUGGCGUGGCAGCUGGAGCUUGGGCUAGGCUAGAUUGCCAUGUGGUUCGUUUCUGCGGGCUACGCCGGACGGCGCCGUUGGGCCAACCGAGGAAGCCUUUCAUUGCCAAUGUCGCUUGGCUGAACGCCGUUAGAGUGGCCAGAACCAGCGCGUGCUGCCAGAAGUUCUCAACCCAUCUAGACGAAGCAGGCCGAGUAUUUUGUACAGUUCGGAGAGGCCACCGGACAUCGGGUCGAAACGUGUGUGAGU